AAGUUAAUGUCGUAGUGCAUGAAAAUAUCGAGAGAAACACAGUAUAUUAAAGGGGCAUCAUGUGUACAGCAGAAGAUAUGAGGCUCGAGACCAUGAAACUGGGCGGGAGCAUGGAAUUGUUGAUCACUGCAGGCAUGGUUUUAGAAGACAGUUACAGUAAAUAACUACGCCCAUCAUUUCCUUUGAAACAGCAAGGGGAGCAGAGGAGAGAAAUGCAGAAAUGAAAAAGCUGCCCAUAAGGUAAAUAGAAAAGAUUGAUAAUUAUAACCAAAUGAAAUAUUGCAAUGAUGAAUGGAAUAAAGUUAUUUGGAAUAUUGCUAUUCGCUCUGUCUGUUGGCUUUGUCUACAAAACCACCAGAAAACAAUUGAGUUUUGAACAUUUCCCUGCCUUUUUUUCAAAGCCUUUAAUCAAUAACAAUACUAAUACCAAUACAAAUAGUAAUACCAAUACCAAUACUCAUACCAAUACCAAUACCAAUGCUAAUAUCAAUACCAAUGUUAAUACCAAUACCAAUGCCAGUAUGAAUCCAGAGGAAAUUCUAAGAGACGGAAAUGGAGUUAUAUUUUUGGAGACUACUGACAGAAUGGAGCCCCCUUCUCUAGUGCUGUGUGCUAUUGAGUCUGCGGCCCGUGUGUACCCUGAUAGACCAGUGGUUUUCUUCAUGAAAGGAUUAACAGACAUUAACUCAGAAGAGGAUGAGAAACGAGCAAAGGAAAGAUUUCCAUCUUUGUCUGCUUUUAAGAAUGUCUACAUCUUCCCACUCAGAAUGGAGGAAUUAUUUAAAGACACGCCACUUUUGGAAUGGUAUCUAAAGGCUAAUAAAAGGUGGGAACGUUACUGGAUCCAUAACCUCUCCGAUGGCUGUAGGAUGGCUAUGAUUUGGAGAUAUGGUGGACUUUACUUUGAUGCUGAUGUCAUCUCAAUGCGACCAAUCCCAGAAAAUAACUUUUUUACUGCUCAGAGUACUGAUACAUCUGGCAGUAGUGUUUUUGGCCUCACUCCUCGUAACAAGUUUGCCUGGAAGUGUUUGAAUGACUUUGUGCUCAAUUAUAACGGAGAUAUUUGGGGACAUCAAGGCCCAGACCUUUUUACACGUGUUCUGAAACCACUAUGUGGGACUGAGUUUAAGGUAGUAGAGGAUAUCAUCUGUGGAAAUAUUUCUUGCUUGAACCCCGAGCGCAUCUACCCUAUACCAUAUCAAAACUGGAGGAAGUAUUUUGAGGUUUGGAAGGAAUUGCCAUCUUUCAGUAACUCCUAUGGUGUGCAUCUGUGGAAUUAUAUGAACAGAGACGAGAAGAAGUCUAUAGUUCCUGGAAGUAACACUUUGGUGGAUCAUCUCUACAAACAGUACUGUCCAACAGUACAUGGAUCCCUUUAAUAACCUUAAGGACCAUACAGUUGGAUUAUUAAAUCUUGAUCAGAUAUGUAAACAUCUAUACACCCUCAAAGUCAUUGUUUCUCAUAGGUUUCAGCUAAAACAUAAGGUAAAGGUAUUUUUUUUUAUAUGACUUUAUCCUGAUUUCUAAAAUGAUUAUGUACGCAUUAUAUAAUAUCAAAUACUUUAUUAGUCUUUCAUUUGUUUUAUUUUUCUUUGAUCCAACAUCUUAAAUCUUGCAGAUUUAAAAUCAUUCACCAUACAAAUUAGACUGGCCAGCACUUUUUUGGGCCUGUUAUAAUGAUGAAUAUUUCUUGUUGAUAUGGUAACCAUUUGGUGUAAAUGUUCUCUUUCAUUUUAUUUGAAAAUAAGCAUUUGUAACUAAGGGUUUAACCAAGUGGCCAACCAGUUGAUUAUGUUAAUAGAUUUAUAUUUCAAAUGAUCUUCAGGCAUAGUUUUUGCACUGUACAGAUAAGAGCUAUACUUUAUGUAUUAUUUUAUAGAACAGUUUGUUUAUAUAUAUUUUCCUAUAUGCAUAUGCUAAAUAUGCAGUUCAAUCUGUUGGGUGUUGUAAUUGUGACUAUAUUUUGCCACUUCUAGGGUUAACGUAUACUGUAUAACUGGGUAUAUGUUAAGGAUAAAGCUCAGGUCGUUACACUGUUGUUUUCUGUUGGUGACAGAUAGACAUCCAAUUUCUGCCAGUACUUACUGUCAUUUCAGGGACAUUGUGAUAAAAAUACACAAGUGCUUUAUAAAGCUGAAACAUUCUACUUUUUUUCUGUUGUAUCGAGAAUGCCAGUUUGUCCAGAUACCCCCUGCAAGUCUUGCACCUCCGGGAUAGGUUCCAUUGUCCUGAAUCAUUUUAUUUAAAAUAUUUAAAGAUUUUAAAUGGGUAGUUUACCUCUUCUGAAAUUCUCUUCAAGUUAUUUACAAUUGCCAAACCAGUUAGGGACUUCAAAAAAUGCAAAAAAUAUUUUUUUAUUUCCUUUAAAAAGCAAGCAUUUAUCCAAUCAUAGGGGUCAAACUGUGUGCACUCUGGAGCAACCAGAGAAGCAAGGCUGUGUAGAUUUCCAUCUUGCAAAUGCUCUAUGUCUUCCUAAAUCAUUUGUAAAGCACUAAUCAUAAUGGCUUUUUAAGUAAUACUGAUAUUGAUACUCUGCAAGUGAGCAGGGAAGGGAUGUGCAUGCAAAAAAGCAAACUUGAUUUCCACUUCCAGUGGGAAAAUAAAGACCAAUGAUCGGGUAAGCCCUUGCUUUCAAAGGUAAUAGAAAAAUAUUUUUUUAACAAGUGCCAAUUGCCAAAAUGCUUAUGUAGGGAAUACUAAGGCAGACAUUCACCAAUGUUCAACUUGUUGUUUAGGUAAACUGCCCCUGUAAAAGUUUACUCUGUUACAUUCACAUGCAAAGUGUAUUUUAUGUUGUUUACAGUUUUACCCCAGCCUGCCCUUGGGCUCAGACAUCAUCAAUACAAUUUAAUCUAUAAUCAAAUAUGGGGCACAACAUUGUACUGCUCUUAUUUUUUUAAUAUGAUUGCAAUAUUUCAAAAUACUACUUGCCUUUAGUCAACUGUACAUUAAAUCAUUAUUAAAUGACUUCUUGGUAAA